GGGCGAGUUCUCAGCAUGGCCGCCCAGUCUCCCCGAGGCUCCCCCUCCCUGGUCGGCAGCCAGCUGCAGCAGAUACCUGAUACUCGGGUUGUGCAAGCGCGAAGGGGGAGCCUGGCCCUGCCCGGCCCUUGGGAACCACCCGGAAGGCCGAGCCCGCCGGCCCCACCUGGAGAGGAGCUUAAAGGCCGGCCGGGCGGCCACAGCGCAGCCGGUUCCUGCACCAUGCCCGCGGCCCGCAGCGUCCUCAUCUUGGCGGGGUUCCUGGCUCUCUGGGCAGAGCUGCCGGCAGCAUCCGCCCAGAAUGACACCACAAAAGCCGGCGUGUGCCCGAGCCCGGCGACGGAUGCGGUGAACUGCACAGUGGGGUGCCAGUCCGAUGGCGACUGCGAGAGCACCCUCAAGUGCUGCCCGGCAGCCUGCGGCAAGGCCUGCCAGAAGCCUGACGAGAAGCCUGGCACCUGCCCACCUGUCAACCCAGGCAUCCCUAUGCUGGGCUUCUGCUCUGACCAGUGCAAGACUGAUGCCAACUGCCUCGGGGCCCAGAAGUGUUGCAAGAAUGGCUGUGGCAAGGUCUCCUGUAUGACUCCCAUCCACUGAGCCUCUGCUCCUUUGCAGGUGCAGCCGCCUCCUGCCAGCCCCGCCACAGGGAAGCUGCUGCCCGAUGCCCAUCCCACACGUCCUGGUCCUGGUCCUGAACCAUCCCCCAGGCUUGGAGCCUUCAGCCUCAGUUUUCUCCCUGGGGUUCUCUGCUCGGGGCGAGGCCCCUGCACUCUCACCAAUAAAGCAGCUUCUCCCUGUCA